CUCAUCAGUCACGUGCUUCUCGUCUCCGGUCUCCGCCAAGGCCGAACGCCACCGCGGCCCAUGUCGAACGCCGCCGUGAGCCUGCAAAGUAGCUGCUUUACCAAGAAAUAGGAUUGGUGGAAAUAGACCAAAUAGUUGGCUCGUGUUCUAUUUAGUGGGUACCAAAAGCAAUGGCGUGUUUGUUUCCUCCGAGAUUUUCUGUCCGGAUGUCCAAGCCGGAACUGGUGACACCCAAAACGGAGACCCCACGGGAGAAGAAGCCACUCUCGGACAUCGACGACCAGGCCAGCCUCCGGUACCAAUUGCCGGUGCUCUGGUUUUACGAGGCCAAGCCGUCCAUGCGGGGCAUGGACCCAGCCACCCUCGUGAAGGAUGGCCUGUCCAAGGCGCUAGUGUUCUACUACCCCUUGGCCGGCCGCCUCUACGAGGGGCCCAACAAGAAGUUGAUUGUAGAUUGCAAUGGGGAAGGCGUGCUUUUCGUGCGAGCAGAGGCUGACGUCGCCCUGGUUAAGCUCGGCCGAUUCGUCCAGGCGCCGUGCCCGUAUCUUAAGAAGCUUCUGUAUCAUGUGCUGGGCUCUGGCGGAAUCACCGGGACCCCUCUUCUGCUCAUUCAGGUGACUCGGUUCACUUGCGGUGGCUUUGCACUCGGUGUCCGGUUGAACCACACCAUGGUCGACGCCUACGGGAUCCUCCUCUUCUUGAAGGCGGUCAGCGAAUUGGCAAGAGGUAGCACGUCGGCCCCCUCGGUUGCCCCAGUUUGGGAUAGAGAACUCCUGACUGCCCACGGCUCACAUGAGACGUCGUCUGUGAGGAGUAACAGCAACACAGAGCGUGAGCUCCAAGGCCUGUACGGUCGGCCCACACAUCGCAAACACAUUUUCAAGCCACUCGACAUCGAGCGGUUGGGGGCCUUGAUUUAUGACUUGGAAACACAUGCUGCCAUGCCACGUUUCUUCUUCUUCCCAACAGGAAUACCCAUCUUACUCCAACGCUCUUUCGUCUUUGGCCCAAGGGAAAUCCAGGCUCUCAAAGUUCAGGCCGUGGCGCAAGGCUACGGCCAGUGCACCACAUUUGAGGUUGUCGUCGCGUGUUUGUGGAAAUGUCGUACCAUCGCGCUGCAGCUCGAACCUUCUUUGACAGUUCGGGUCACGUUCCCAACGGACAUUCGUGGAAUGUCCUCCGUGACUGGACUGUCGUUCCCCCGAGGGUACUAUGGGAAUGCCAUCGUGAUGCUCUCUGCCUCUACCACCGCGAAGCUAUUGUGUGAGGGCCCCAUUAGUUACGCCAUUAAGCUGAUCAGAGAGGCGAAGGGAAAACCUGACUUUGAUUACGUGGGUUCGGUGUUAGAUUUUAUGGUGUGUAAUGGGCGACCACGAAUGAUUGUGAGGGGGAACCUAAUGAUUUCGGACACAACGAGAAUAGGUUUUGAAAAGCUCGACUUUGGAUGGGGGGAUGCAAUAUAUACCGGCACCUCCACCGCAGUCUACGGUGCCACGUUCUUACAAAAUCCUAAGAGCGUGGCUGCCGGCUGCUGCGGUGCAGAGAGGAGCAUUUUGGUGCCCCUUGCUUUGCCUCACAUUUCUAUGCUCAUCUUCAAACGUGAGCUGAAGAAGAUGACUACGAGAGCUUUUUCUAAAAUUUGAGUUUCUGUUUAUGGUUUCUUUAAGCAUUUUUUGUGCGUGUUUGGUGAAGUGCAUAAAGGCACAAACUACAAAACCGAUUGAUCAAUGCUUAAAUGUGUGUGUGCCUUUUACUUGUUCUAAACAAGUUUAUAAAUUUUGCCGGCUAAUAUUAUUCUCAUCUACUAUUUAAUGCCAACUAGUAUCACACCCGCGCGUUGCACGGGUCAUAUUUACGUUACAAAAUUAAAAUUAUUUUUCAACAACACGGAUUUAAAAGUGCACUUGAAAGAAACUAAUUACGAAAAU